AUGCCUCCCUCUUCGCCCUCGUCGCAGCCCUUUGAUUCAAGCUUUGACCGAUUUCGGGACGCGAUCCGCGUCGAACCUGUGAGCCACGACGCGCACUCGGACAGCCACGUGGAAGCCAUGGCGACGAAGAGUGAUACCUCAACGGUGAUGAUGCCCAAUGAGGUGGCCAGCCACAAGUCUAGCUUCACUGACCUAAGUGACGUCCCGGCCAUGCGGGGGAGGACGACAUGGUGCACUGGCACGCCACAGUUCUUGGGGAACGAGGUCUUAACCAGUUCGGACUUGAAGCAGCAACGCACUGAGAGUGGUUUGACGCAGAAUGUCAAGAAAGACAAGAAGGGAGCAUUGACUGGCGUGUUUAUCCCCACGUGUGAAAACAUGUGGGGCGUGCUCAUUUUUCUGCGCUUUUACUACAUCGCUGGUCAGGCAGGCAUUUGGCAAACGCUUUGCGCCGUGUUGCUCUCCUUCACUGCCGCCUUUUGUACCACUGCGGCGAUGUCAUCGAUUGCUUCGUCCGGCGGUUUGGUGAGCUCUGGAGGGCCUUACUACAUGAUCUCCCGCGCACUAGGGCCUGUGAUUGGCGCCACGAUUGGAAUCAUGUACUGGUUGGCCAUCACCAUGCUGUCAGUCUUAGAAUGCUUGGGCGCCAUCGAGGCAUUGGCGAUGGCGGCACCCUCCGUGCAAUUCCCAGGUUAUCGACAAGCACUGGGCUCCGCCGCCAUGGCCUCUUUGGCCUUCGCGGUGUGGGGAGGCAUCAACAUCGUCACCAAGCUGGGCAUGCUGUUUGCGCUGGUGGUGGUCUUUACACUCUUUAGCUUCUAUCUUGGCCUCUUCAUGACACAGCCAGGCGCUGGGGGUCCAGAUGUUCCCGGCAGUGAAUACAUCACAGGACUCAGCUGGGACACGUUUCAGAACAACUGGAGCCCUCACUAUGAUGAGGGCGUUCACUUCGGCUCUGUCCUCAGCCUCUUCUAUCCAUGCUUUACAGGCAUUUUGAGCGGCGCGAAUCGAGCCGACGUGCUCAAGGAUCCCCCGCGAAACAUCCGCCUCGGUACCUUUGCGGCGAUCCUGUUUAGUUUGUUCCUCUACGUCUCCUUCUUCCUGCUCUGGGGAAGUGUUGCAACGGACUCCUACCUCAAGGGCGACUUCGUGGAGACGGCGCAUGCUCACGAGCAGCAUCGGAGGCUCUCCGGAGAGGGCGACAUCUCGGAGGAAGCGGGACGUCACAUCGUGCAGACGGUGGUGUGGAAUCCGUUUCCAAACUCCGCUUUCAUAGGCAUCAUCAUUGCAUCUCUCAGCCAAUCCCUACAGUGCCUCAUCGUGGCACCCCGUUUGCUGCAAAACAUGGCCAAGGACGGCCCGUCGGACGAGACGAGCGGCGAGACGGCGUCGACCAGCGCGUCCAGGAUAGCCCUGACACGACCCAUAGCACUGGCAAGUUGA